AUGGCCAGAACUCGCGCAUCGAAGCCUGCGACAGGGAAGCAGAAGGACGAAGUGGUAUCGACGAAGCCGACUUUGAAGAAACUAGAUGCCCCAGUAGAAAGCCCACCACAAGUCUUCAUCCUGCCCAAAGAUGCAUCGUCUGGAGCACGCAUCGCGACAUUGGCAAAUCCCGCUACGCUGUCGCCCAACCGCUACUUUGUCUGUCCCGAGAAAGGCUUCUACGAAUUCACCAGGAUUGCCGCCCCCAAGGCACAGAAACGAAGCUGGCUGCUAGCACCGGAUCGAAGCGUGCAUGCUGAAGAUGACUCGUCUAAGGAUGACGGUUACGUGCUUCAGCAGCCAGACAUGUUUGUCGCCACCCCCAUCGACCCUCUGUUCCUCCUUCUGCCCGCUCUGGGAGGCGAAGAGACUGGCGGGCAGGAGUUCCUGGCAACAUCAGACUUCAUUGCCAAAUUGAGCGAGUCCUCGCCUCAUCUGCAGAGUCUCGUGCGAUCGAGUGACUCGGACAAGCUCGAACGCAUUUUUGAAAACAGGAUUGAAGCUGUGAGCGACUGCAUGGACAUGGGUGAUGAAAAGAUGUACGCCCUGUCACUGCCGAAACUGGUCAAAGAACUCGUAAGCAAAGCAAAGCGAAUGUCUACUCGCGGCCUGCCAGCGAGCAUGGAGGACCGAUUCGUCAAGCAGGCAUUGGACGUUCCCGAACUGAGUAUGAAACGGGAGGAGAGUGGUGUUAGCCUGGUCAAGGAGGACUCCACUGCUGGCGCUGAGAGCCAAUCCUCCUCUGGUCUGGAGUCGCAAGAAUCGGCCACAUCUUCGACGACGAGCACGAGCGUGGAGACGGCAGCGACAUCUGUAUCGAGCACAUCAACAAAUCCCGGAACUUCGGCAUUUGCAGACUUGCUCCGCGUACGAGUGGCGUUGAAUUUUAUUCUAACUUCAUAUGUCCUGCCGAAGAUCAAGAAGCGCAUAGAUCCCUUGCUUGAAGACGCGAAAACGACAGGCAUAGACUUCUCGCCUUUGGACAAGCAAUUGGCGCACAUUGCACAGCUCAAAAAGGACGCGCAGGCGCUGCGUUCGUUGAGUGACAAUAUAUCUCGGAAGCGUGCUCAUGAAGUCGAUGAGGAAGCUGGCGAGAAAGCAGCAGAGAAGAGGAGGAAGCAGGAAGAGGAUGAGAAGAAGAAAAAGAAUGUUAGUCACGGUGUGAAGAAGUUAGCAAAGGCUGACACCAGUGGUAUGAAGAAGAUGAGCAGUUUCUUUACUAAAGUGCCGGCGAAGAAAAAAUGA